CAUUUGUUAUCUUUAUCGAUCUAUCGAGCGAUUAUUAACAAAAUGGCCGCCCCACCGAAACCUUGGGAGAGAGGGGCAGGCCAGCACAAUCAAGGCUCGUUUUCGUCUGUUGGCGACUUUGGGCCGACACUAGUCAGUCAGCAUUCAUCAACAUCUGGUCUACCGAUACCUGGAUCAUCUAGUGCAGGGCCUGCUGUUUCCAGAGCCCCACCGCCGCUACCCACUCGCCCAUCUCAGCAAGGUUCGGCAUUCAGCUCUCCUGUCAAUCGAUAUGGUGGUCUUGGAUAUGGUAACAGUUAUGGCAGUGGUUAUGGUGGCUUUGGCAAUAGCAUGGGGGGCUAUGGAGGGAUGUACGGAGGCAGUGGGUUGUAUGGAGGGGGUUCUUAUGGAGGUGGGAUGUUUGGUGGAGGGGGCCACUUUGGACAGGGCCAAUUUGGUCGUGGUGGGGAUCCGGCUGGUUACAACCAGUUUCUCCGCCAGGCAGAAGAGAAUAGUCGUCCAGCCUUCCAGUCAAUUGAGAGUAUUGUCCAAGCCUUUGGUUCCAUCAGUAUGAUGAUGGAGUCGACUUUGCAGACUGUCUACAACAGCUUUAGAGCAGUCAUUGGCGUGGCUGACCACUUCUCACGUCUCAAAGUCCACCUGGCUCACAUCUUUACGGCCUUGGCACUCUUCCGAACACUGCGCUACAUCUAUCGUCGUCUGCUGGCUUUUUUAGGGUUAAGAAGCCGGGAGUUUGCUGAGGAGUUGUGGGAAAAGGCAGAAGGUACAACAGAAGAGCUCGUCGGGAAAAUGGAGAAACUCAAUGGAAAGAAGAAGAAGGGUGCGCCAUCAUGGCCCAUCUUCAUGUUCUUUGCUGUGGUGGUCGGUGGACCCUAUAUUAUUUGGAAGCUGUUGUGUUCUACUGAGGAUGACACACAAGAUCAACCAGCAUGGGCUAGUGGUGAGGAAGAUCAUGUUGUGGCGAGGGCAGAGUUUGAUUUUGAGGCUGAAGGAAGCAAUGAGCUGUCAUUCAAAGCUGGCAGCAUGAUUAACCUUGCUCCCAAAGAGAUGCAGCCUAAGGUUAGAGGAUGGGUCUUGGCAAGUGUGGAUGGUCAGUCUACAGGCCUGGUUCCUGCAAACUACAUCAAGAUUCUAGGCAAGAGACGUGGUCAGAAAAGCCUUGCAGGACUAGAGGUACAGCCUGGGGAGUCCACUCAGCAACCAGAGACAAUCCCAGAAAAACCCGUAGUUGUCUCCAGUACCGGCCAACCGGGGAGUACUGGCCAACCAGCACUACCCACCACUCAAAGCGAAUUGAAUCUGGCAGCUUUCGACAAGGCCUUCACAGAAGCACCUAGCAGCAGCCAGGCAGCAGAGGGCGCUGUUCAGAGCAGCAUGGACACUGAGUGGUCUGCAUGGGAGAGCAAUCAAAUAGGGGACACUACAGACAAAACAACUGAAGAGGUGGACUCUCUUGAAAAUACAAGUACAUGAAACUAGCUUAUCAUAAUUGUAAUGCAACAGGUAACCCUUGUAUCUGAUUGUUUUUUUUCACUAGUACCAUCCAUUUAUUAGGCAUUCAUAAAUACCUAAGACAAGUUACCCAUUACUAUUGGUGGAGAGCCUGUCACAUGGCUGGUCUUAAACAAUUUGGACUCCUAUGAAUCUGGCCCCUUUUUCUGGUCGAACGUUCACAAUCCUCACUAGAGCAUGCGUAAUACUACCAAUGAGUAAGUAUUUCAUUGUCCUAAAUUCACACCACUGCGGCACCGCUGCGUUCAGUGCCACAUCACACAGUAGCCUACGCACCACGCUUGCACCAAUCUCCUCAGAGUUGUUUACAACUUCUCACAAGAGGCACAUACAUGUACCAUACCAUAGCUAGAGGGGUGUUUAAAAAAACAUGAAGUAAACUUGUCGAACAAAAUCAUUAGAAAUUGAUAAUUUUUUACUUGUUUGAUUGCAGAGGUAUUUAAGAACGGGAAUAAAUAUGUGCUUGGCCAGUAUUAAACAACUGAUAUUGCUAUAUUAAACAGCCUCAUCUUUGGCUUGGGUCAUUAUCAGCGUCCAGAGUAGACUCCAAACCGGUCUUAAACAUAGUGUUUAAAACCAGCCAAGCACACAUUUAUUCCCUUAGUAAUUAUUUCCAAUUAGCCUUUGCAAGAAAAGAUGAGGUAGACAUGUACACUUCGUACCAGGCAAUGAUAUGUACAUGUAUAUCAUUUUCUUAUCUCAUAACAUAUUAUUUUGUGUUUUUAUCUCACGCAUUUACAAUGUUGCAUUUGACUUUAUGACAAGUCAGUCACAAGUCAAAAAGUCCAAAUUAUUUCACAAGCUAUUCAGAUAAACUUGGAACAAAGGCACAUCUUUAUUUCUUGUGACUUGUUAAAUGACUUGUUAAGCGACUCGUGACUGACUCGUGAUGAACUCCACAACCUUGUUAAUUUGGCAGUUUUUGGGAUUGGCAUCUUUGAAUUACUGCAUGUACAUUAUUAUGAUAUAAAUUAUAUUAAAAAAAACAAUUGGUUAUCCCUAUUUCAGUGAUUGUACAGGUUUUUAGUUUUGUUAAAAAAUAAUUGGCGUACAUUCCUUUCAUGCAUUAUUUUUGUGAUGUCCUACCAAUGAUAAAUCUUUUUUGUGCCCCUGUGUUGGAGGAGAUGCGUUUCGAAAUGUUCUCUAUAACUUUAGUAGUUAACUGUAGCAUAAAUACACACUAGUAUAUUGGAGCUAAAACUUAUUGAAUCCUAUAAGAAAACCUUUCUUUUCUGGUUGAGAGUAUUGUACUGAUUUUUUAAAGAACAGAUGAUUUUAUUAAUAAAUGCAAACAUAUUUUGUAAACUCUAUGAAAUUGUAUAUUACCGCAUAAAAAAAUACACCAUAGGUAGAUGCAAGGCAAAUUGUUGUUUAUUGUUUUGUCAAUACUGAACUGAGACUCUACCCGACUCUUAGUGGACACUCUUAGGAACUAUAGGUUUUGGGUGCCAAGGCCCAAAAGGAAAAUAUUUCUGCUUCCGAUUACAUGGCAUUCGAAAAUAGGGUAGGUAGGUGGGGAAUUCUUUUUUAUGUAUUCUUUUUAUGUACGAUCAUAUGGAGGCAUCUGCGUGUAUUUAAAGGUAAAAGAUAGUAA